AUGACUAGCGGUUUCGUUAUGUCACCGGCGAUUGUUGCCGCCGUUCGUCCUCUGCCAUCGCAAGACUGUUUCUCAGCUGCUUCUGUUAAUGGACGCAAAUCAAUCAAUUCCUGUUCUUAUAUUUGCGUUCCUAUCUCAUUGUCUACUUCCUAUGGUCGAAGCAAAUGCGCCUUCUCAAUCUCGCGAAAGAAUCCAAAAUCGACGAUCCGGUGCGAUAUUGCAGUGAAAUCGGCGGCUUCUGUGGACGCGGACGCUGAUCUGUCGUCGCCGACGUCAUUGGAGACGGAGGAAGACGAGAAGGCGAAGGCGAAGAUUGGGGCUAAGGUUAGGGUUACGGCGCCGUUGAAAGUUUACCACGUGGUUCGCGUGCCGGAGGUUGAAUUGAUGGGAAUGGAAGGUUUGAUCAAAGACUACGUCGUCCUCUGGAAAGGGAAGCGAAUCUCAGCUAAUCUGCCGUUCAAGGUACAGUUCGUGAAAGAGAUCGAAGGUCGUGGUCCUGUCAAAUUCUUCACUCAUCUCAAGGAAGACGAAUUCGAGUUACUUGAUCCCUGA